UAGCUCGAAUGAUUGAGUGGAAGGACUCUGAGGUAGGUCAGCAUUCUGUUCACAGCUACUAUUAUCAGGUUUAACAUUUUUGUUGUUGAAAUGUCCAGCAGUACAGUAAAUAAAACAUCCAUACAUUUUUAAUAAGAGGAAAGAAUUCAUUAUUCUAUUUAUCCCUACAGCAACUCCUUUAUUUUUAAGCUAAACAGAGCGACAUCUCGUUUUGUACUAAUGAGUUACUUUUAUACAUUUAUUAGUAAGUGCCCACACGGCGACAAAGUGCAUCAUCAAUAUCGACAAAUGCAUCAUAGAGGGCGUCACAUAUGUAGAGCUUUUUUCAAGAACUUUUGAUAUUACAUUUUGAACUUAUAAAGUGAUUUAAUAAUUUUGGUACUAAUAGUUUUACUCGCCGUAGUCCGGUUUAAGAGAUCGUCACUGAUUGGUCGUUGAGUAUGAAUAGUAUUGGCGGAACAUAAUCAUAGAAACAUUAUAUGAUGACAAAGACCAUUGUCAUCAUUUUAGACUAUACUUGUUUAUUAUUAAGAUCAUUUGAUAUUUUAUUCUAGAACAAAAAAAAAAAAGACGAAUGUCCUUGAUUAAUAUUUCUUCUACAUUCGAUCUACCAGAUCAAUUUAUAGAUCUUACUGGUUCUUAUUAUGUACAAAAGGUUCUUGAUGUUGCUGAUAUUAACACAUCCUUAAUAAGUAUUUAAAAAUCUCUUAUUUAAAUGCAAUUUUUUUUAAAUUUCUUUUUGUUUUUUUUUUCUAAUUCAGAUCAUGCACGAAUCCAAGAACCAAAAGAACUGCUUGAAAUAUUUCCAUUAUUUUAUAGUAUUCUUAUUCGUUUUGAUAAAGUAUCAAUUACUGAACAUGAUCAAGCAGUUGAAAUAUUACUUCGAUUAACAGCAAGUGAAGUGUCUGAAGCUCGACCUGGAAUUCAUCUUGGUCUUUCAGAUGAGGAUCGACAUUCUCAUUUAAAUGUUAUUAAAAUGCUUUCAUGUCUUAUUGCUGAAUAUAUUAUUCGAUUUGAUAAUGAUCAAACAAAUAAAUCACCAGAUUUUU